AUGCACAACCACCUCCCCCGCAUCACCAUCAAAUACUGCACCCAAUGUAAAUGGUUACUGCGCGCUGCAUACUUCGCCCAAGAACUCCUCUCCACAUUCAGCACCCAACUCGGCGAAGUAGCUCUCGUUCCUGCUACCGGGGGUACUGGAGGUGAGGAUGUUGAUAUCACUGGGACUAUUCUCUGGGAUAGGAAGACGAAUGGGGGGUUUCCUGAAGUCAAAGUGCUGAAAAGUCUGGUGAGGAAUGUCGUCGAUCCGAGUAGGGAUUUGGGACAUACGGAUCGGGCUUUGAGGGCUGCGAAUGUGCCGGUGCAGAGUCGGGAUGGGGAUGAAAAGGUCGUGGGGAAGAGUCAGGAGCAGGAGUCUACUACUGCUGCUGCUGCUACUGCUACGAAAGGAGAAGAGAAGUGUGAGGAGUGUCAGUGA